GUGCUCGGGAUGUCACGAGCGUCAGUGGCGACGUGGAGACGCAGAGCUAAUAGAGUCAAUACAGCACAAACUUGCACUGUGAAUCACUCUUUACUGGACAUUUACUUUUACUAGAUUACAACUCAUUUACUUUUAUUCUUCCGAAAAUACAUAGGCGCUUGUCUUAAGAAUCUCAAGUGGCUUUUCUGAGGCGCUGUCAGUUCUGAUAUUCAUCAGGUUUUGCUUGGCUGGAGAUGAGGCUCUGAGGCAGUCUCUCGUGGUUUCCGGGGGUGAUGGGUGCAAACACCAGUCAGGUGAGCGACCUGUCAGAGAGCCAGAGCAUCCGCACUCUGAUUGGUCCAGAUGCCAUAUCAGAGAAUGAGCCCUUCUGGAACCAGCUGAUCUCCUUCACCUUCACCAGCCCCACCAGCAGUGCUGAUGCUAAACUCCUGGAGGAGGCUGUCAUCCCGUUGGCCAAGACUCUGAUUCAGAACAACCCCAGGUCUGGGAACUUCGGGGCGUUGGUGAGAGUCUUUCUCAGCAGAACCAAAGAACUGAAGAUUUCCACAGAAUGCCAAGAUCAGUUGUUCAUCUGGCAGGCCCAUAAUGCUUUGUUUCUGGUGCGCUGUUUGCUGAAGGUCUUCAUCAGGGAGAUGAGCGAAGAAGAGCUGCACUUACAGUUCUCCUACCAGGAGAGGGCGCCGGGAACCUACGACUCCAUCUGUGAGGAUCUUCUGGAGGAGCUGGUCUGUAAUUUGGUGCAUCUCAUCGUUGAAGUGCCGCUUCUCGACAUCACCUACAACAUCCUGUUUGAAUCUGUGACCACCCUUCUGGUGCUGUUGUCCUAUCAGCUCUUUCACAAGGAGAUUCUGAGGGAGGGGCUUAUUUAUGGCUAUCUGACCAAAGGACGAUGUCUGUCUCUGACGAGUCGUCUGGUGAAGACGCUGCUGUAUAACUUCAUCAGACAGGAGAAAUGUCCGCCCGCCACGCACGUGUUGCAGACGCAGUCAGACGGAGGAGGGCUGCUGUACGGACUCGCAUCAGGAGUCGCCAGUGGGUUGUGGAGCGUGUUCACGUUAGGAGGAGUCGGCAGCAGACCAGGGGCGGAGCAAGAGCAGAACCCUCUCCCACUGUCCAAUCAGAGUCUGCUCUUACUGCUGGUUCUGGCUAAUCUGACAGAUGGACCGGACUGUCCGAACCCCUACCGCCAGGCUGUUACUUGCUUCAAAAACACUCAAGAUACCUCCUCCAUCCCGUCUCCUCAGCCUCACACGUUUCAGAUCAACUUUAACAGUCUGUACACAGCACUGUGCGAGCAGCAGAAAUCAGACCAGGUGACGUUACUGCUCUACACGCUACUGCACCAGAACAGCAACAUGAGGACAUACAUACUGUCCCGCACUGACAUGGAGAACCUGGUGUUGCCGAUUCUUGAGAUCUUGUAUCAUGUCGAGGAGAGAAACUCUCAUCAUGUGUACAUGGCCCUCAUCAUCCUCCUCAUCCUCACGGAGGACGACACCUUCAACCGCUCCAUACAUGAAGUGGUGUUGAAGAACAUCUCGUGGUAUACUGAGCGUGUUCUAACAGAGAUCUCUCUAGGCAGUCUGUUGAUCCUGGUUGUGAUUCGAACCAUCCAGUUCAACAUGACGCGGACCAGGGAUAAAUACCUCCACACGAACUGCCUGGCUGCCCUAGCUAACAUGUCGGCCCAGUUUCGUAACCUACACCAGUACGCCGCCCAACGAAUUAUAAGUUUGUUUGCUCUGCUGUCAAAGAAGCACAAUAAAGUUUUGGAGCAGGCGACCCAGUCCUUGCGUGGGCCUCUGGGAGCAGACGACAGGACCGUCCUGCCUGACUAUGCUCAGGAUCUGAACGUCAUCGAGGAGGUGAUCAGAAUGAUGUUGGAGAUUAUAAACUCCUGUUUGAGUAAUUCCCUCCAUCACAACCCAAACCUGCUAUACGCGCUGCUCUACAAGCGAGAACUCUUCGAACAGUUCCGAUCACAUCCGUCUUUCCAGGAUAUCAUGCAGAACCUCGACACGGUGAUUGGAUUCUUCAGCCAGCGACUGGAGCAGGCAGGAAGUGACCUAUCAGUGGAGAGAGUUCAAGAGGUCAUCAAGAAAGGUGCUGUGGCCCUCCCUAAUGACCGUCUGAAGAAAUUUCCGGAGCUGAAGUUUAAAUACGUGGAGGAAGAGCAGCCUGAGGAUUUCUUCAUCCCGUACGCCUGGUCUCUGGUCUUUAACUCCGGAGUGGGUCUGCACUGGAACUCUCAGGGCAUCGAGCUGUUCAGCAUGGACUCGCCCUGAUGGAGGACGCGGGACGUCUGUUCAGGUGUCUGUCUGUGUGUGUGUGUGUGUGUGAGCUCAAGUGCCUACGUACGGCUCGCGACGUCGUCAUAUCGAACCCCUGAGCUUCCGUCCUCGUCACACCAUUCAAAGGGCAAACGAACACAGACACUCACCGCCGGAUGCACUGGAUUCUGGGAAUGGUACAAGUUGGGGUGUCAGUCACAGGUCUGAUGUAGCUAAAAGAGUUCAGCUGAUGGUGAUAAUCAUUUGCUUUGUUUGCUUGUUUCUGUUUAGAUCUGUGGAUUUGGUCAAUGUGGGGAAAAUGAGUGAAACCAAAACAUUUCUUGACUCAAGGUGAACGUUAAUAACAUUUUGUGAAGAUACUUUGACCCCAUUAGGAAUUAUUAUUAAUGAGCUGAUCAUUAUGCACAGCUUCAUCACAUAUCACUAUAUAAAGUAAGUUACAAAUAAAUAAUAUUUGACCAUUUCUGGCUUGUUUUAUACGUAGGAUGCUUUGCUGUUUUAUAUUAAUUUAUUUAUUGACACUAAAAUUUGUUCAUCGUACCUAUAUACUGCCCUUAUAUAAUCUACAUCUGAGCGUCUGCACAAAGAAAAACCAAAACCU